GACCCUAGAGUGAAUAUGAGAAAAGCAUAGAGUUUCAGAUCCUGGCUGAUCAAUUCUAUUCAAUAUUAUAAUACUUCCAUGGUUGCACUCUCAAUAUUGAACAUCUUCUCCUUUCUUCUUUUCUACCAUCAUACAAAUUAGUUUUUGCUUUCUGCCAUUUGAAACCAAUUGAGAAGACUAUCACGUCACGAGACAAUGGCCAACCAUCCCAAGAACAUUCUCAUCCUCGGAGGAUCAUAUGCUGGAGUCAGUACAGCCCAUAGAAUACUAAAGCAAUCAGCCAAAGCUGGACUCGCCAUCAAGAUCACCUUGGUUUCACCAAACACCCAUCUGUAUUGGAAUAUUGCUGCCACACGAGCAAUUGUACCUGGCGAAAUUACAGAUGAGAAACUUUUCUCAUCCAUAGCUACAGGAUUCAAGCAAUACACGGCUGAUAAAUUCGAAUUUGUUGUCGGUACCGCUGAGGGAUUGGAUGUGGAGAACAAAACAGUUGUUGUUUCGCGAGAUAGUGAGAGAUCAAGUUUGAAUUAUGAUAUUCUUAUUCUCGCCACAGGCUCAAGACCCAAAGAAGAAUCUCCUUUCAAGGGCAAGGGCUCGUAUCAAGAGUCACUUGACUUAUUACACGAAUGGCAAGCUAAGGUCAAGAAUGCAUCUUCCAUCUAUGUAGCUGGAGCUGGAGCGACAGGUGUCGAAACGGCUGGCGAGUUAGGUUUUGCGUAUGGUUCCUCGAAGGAGAUCACUCUGAUUGCAAGUGGUCCCGUUGUACUUGAAGGCACUCCAGCAAGUGUCUCCAAAACAGCCACCAAACAACUUGGAAAUCUCCAAGUCAAGAUCAAAACAUCCACCAAGGUUUCCGGCACAGCAAAGACACCUGAUGGAAAAACCGAAAUCACAUUAUCGAACGGCGAGAAAAUCAUUACUGAUUUGUACAUUCCAACCAUGGGCCUCACCCCAAACUCCUCAUUUAUUCCAGAGAAAUAUCUCAACCCCGCCGGUUUUGCAAUUGUGGAUCAGUUCUUGAGAUUGAAGGGCGCUGAGAAUGUGUGGGUCGUGGGCGAUGUGUCGGCUGUUGAACGUCCACAAUAUGUGAAUACCGACAAACAAAGCACUCAUGUCGCGAAGAACAUUGCAUUGAUAUUGAAGAACUCCGAGCCAUUAGGCUACAAGGUCGCAGAUAAAAAUAUGCUGGCAGUCCCAGUUGGCAAAAAGGCUGGCACAGGUCAUAUGGGAUCAAUGAAACUCCCUAGCUUCGUGGUCAAUAUGGUGAAGGGGAAGACUUUAUUUACUGAGAAGUUGACACCUACGGUUAAUGGAUCUGCACUUUAGAAUGGUUGUAUUGGUGUUACUCGCGUGGAGGAGAUUGAAUUUCAGGCGUUGUGGAAGAUGGGAAGGAAGAUACCCUUUCUUUCUUUUACUACUUAUUAAUAUCUAAUUAUACUGUUUGGUUCGCUACAAUAUCAGGGCUCUAUGAAUUGACACUGCCGUGGUUCAAAUGACAAGAUCUACGAUGUGUUUGAGUUUCAAGUCGCCCCCCAGCGAGCGAGUAUUUAGACUCAUAAAACACCCCUAAUUUUCAAAAAUUCAUCACUGAUUCA